CUACCGCUCCGACUCUCAAUACGCCUCUCUUCCGAACCUAUUAACUUUUUUCUCCGGCGACGUGUUUAAUCCCAGCUUGGAAAGCUCCGUGACAAAGGGGCGGCAUAUGGUGCCGUUUCUCAAUAAUGCUGGAACAGACGUUGCCUGCGUGGGUGUAUGUUGCUGUUGCAAUCUAGGCGGACGGGCGGUACCCUGGCUGAUGCAUGUAGGGAAUGUCAUUUACAGAAUCAUGAUUUAGAUUUUGGUGUCGCUCAAUUCAGACAUCUACGCAGCCAAUGCAAAUUUCCUUGGUUACUGGCGAAUGUCCUUGAUCCUGCUUUAGGGGAAGAUGUACCACUUGGGAAUUGUGAGAGAACAGUCAUGUUGACUUCAUCGAACGGGAUCAAGGUGGGCGUAAUUGGACUUGGGGAGCGGGAAUGGUUGGAUACGAUUAAUUCGCUACCGCCAGGGCUGGUCUACAAAUCGGCGUCCAAAACGGCCAUGGAACUAGUACCGGAAUUGCGCAAACAAGGUGCAGAGAUUGUCAUUGCAGUAACUCAUCAACGUGAACCAAAUGACAACAAACUGGCUGAGAGAAUACCGCCGGGUUUAGUUGAUAUCAUCCUUGGUGGACACGAUCAUUACUACGCGCAUUCAAUAGUGAACGGGGUGCACGUGCUGCGUUCAGGUACAGAUUUCAAACAACUCAGCUAUGUAGAAGCUUACCGCAACCCUAAGACUGGCUGGGACUUUAAUAUCAUCCGCAGAGACAUUGUCAGAUCGAUUCCCAUCGAUCCUGACUCGGAAAGGCUUGUCACAAAGCUCACGUCUGCGCUUCAAUCAAAACUAGAGAAACCAGUUGGCUACACGGCCUCGCCUUUAGACGGGCGAUUUACUACUGUGCGCACGCGUGAGUCAAAUCUCGGCAACUUUGUUUGUGAUCUCAUGCGCUUCUACUACAACACCGACUGUUCUAUUAUGGCUGCGGGCACGAUUCGUGGCGAUCAAGUCUAUCCGCCAGGCUUGCUACGACUAAAGGACAUAUUGAACUGCUUCCCCUUUGAAGAUCCUGUGGUGGUGCUGAAACUAUCAGGCAAGGACCUUGUUGACGCCUUGGAAAACGGUGUCAGUCAGUUACCCGCCCUCGAAGGACGGUUUCCUCAAGUUUCGAAUAUUACAUUCGAAUUUACCGCUUCGGGGCCACCUGGCAGUCGAGUAAAUUGGGUAAAAGUCGGCGGGGAACCCAUUGACUACGAACGAAAAUACACCCUCGCAACCAGAGGGUACAUGAGCCGCGGCAAAGAUGGAUAUACGUCUUUACUGGUUCAGUCGGAAGGCGGCGAGGUCGAAGAGGUAGUCUCUGAAGAAAACGGCAUGCUGAUUUCCGCCAUUCUAAGACAGUACUUCCUAAGCCUGAAAGUAAUGGGCAAAUGGCGACGGAUGAGUGUGUCUUUGCAUCGCCACUGGGACGAUGUUCAUUCCCGUCUACAUGCACAGACUGGCGGUGGCUGGGUCAAAACCCCUUCUCCAGCUGCUGAAAGAAAGGACAAUAAUUUGUGGAAGACCACCACCACCACCACCACCACCACCACCACAACAGAAGAACACAAUAUAAGUGUUACCAAACAGAAACGCCCUAGAAUGCGCCGAUACGGUCGUUACCACGAUCACAACAUGCAUAAACAGGGUCAUACCCACCAUAAUUCUCAUCAACACAAUAGAGCAUCCUCGGCAAUAUUAUCUGCCACUCUAUCGAACUCCUACCCUUCUUCCUCUGAGAACUCGACCGCGACAAACACGCCGCAUGUAUUAGAUUCAGAAUCAGACUCGGAACCGGAAAUAUUAAUCUCUUCGCACGAAGAAACCAACUAUGUCACUUAUACAGCCACCUCGCCUGCAGAAGAGGAGAACCGCAUGCGUCUUGCAAGAAAGGUACUCAAGAAAUGGAUGCGCUUGGCAGGUGUGCAAAGCAGUGGCUGUGUGGAAGAUGCUGGAGAAGAGUUCACUCCCUCAUGGACCUGGGGAAUCGCGCCGAGGCGUGAAGGAAGAAUCUUGGUUAGGGCUAGAACGGUUGAUUACAGAAAAGAAAAUCUCCCUGAUGGGACGAUUUGAGGUUGUUUGGGUUGUCCAAUUCUUACGUAUUAGAGCGGUAUGAGUGAUAUAAAGAUAAAUGGUUGAUAAAUACUUUGGGAUCGAUUGAUGUAUUUAGGAAAUUCAUCUAGAGCAUUCUGGUCGCUAUUUUGGGUCGCCAUUUUGGCAUGCUAUAUGGUAGUAUAAAACGAAGUAACACAUGUAGGACAUGGAGGAGCCUAUGGAAA